UUCCUCACCCACGCUCCUUAUAAAUGGCAACAAGAGUGCGCUUGAAUGAUGUGGACACGCGACCCCUCAAAACCACAACUCUGACGUCUGCAACCCUCCGUCGCGCGAAGACUCUCACUCGUCCAGAGCGAAGCGUCGCUCCCGUUCCGCUCAUCAAUCCCAGGUCCGCUCAUCUUCCGUCAGGUUCGAGGAUUGAAGAUGAGGAUGAGGCACUCGAUUCCUGGCGCAUCUUCUCGCGGCUCGUCACCUUCUGGGCUCCUGCCGCUCUUCUGCGUUCUGUAGGUGGCCUUCACGAUAAGCACACUAUCCAGGCCUGGCGUGAGAAGAUGGCUCUUUGCUUCAUUAUCCUCUGCUUGUGUGGUGUUAUAGGCUUUAUUACCGUUGGAUUCCAGAAGGUCUUGUGCCCAUCCAGCGAUCAAAUCAACUCUGGUCGCUAUGUGCGCAUCGGCUCUGUUGCGGACACGCUCGGUGUGCGAGGUUGGAUGAUGAAUCUCACUAGCCUGACUCCUGCCGUCAUGUUUGGCGUCAACUUCACGGAACUUCUGAAGUAUCCUGGGCAGGACAUCACCACGUACUUCAAGCGAGACGCGUCCGACUAUCCCGCAUGCGUAGGGAUCCCUUUUCAUGCAGCGGCAGACGUUGUAUGUACGCAUAAUGCGUCUUGCCCCCUCGAUGCGCUCAACACAAGCAUGACGUUUGACUCUCUCGGACUUGUAAAUACAAGUUACAUUGUCGGCUACGAUUGGGACGACGUUGCGGCGUUAGACAACUAUCUCGUGAUCGAUGGCGCUGUGCUCAAUAUGAACGCGUAUAUCGCUCGCCACCCAGAUGCACUUGAAGACGAUGCGGUCGAUAGUGCCCUUCGGACUGUCUUGUAUGGCCCCGGGAACAGCGGACGGGACGGAACACGGCUCUUCUCCUUUCGUGCGGAUAUCCGUUCGGCAAUACCAUGCCUCAUGCAGCGUUACUAUGCAGGCAAUAUCGACAAGAUCUCUCCGGGUUGUCUGCUCUCUAAUUUGGUGCUCUAUGCUGGUCUGGUUGUUAUAUUGGGACUUGUACUCAUUCGCUUUGCCAUGGCUUGUGUGUUCUCUUGGUUUGUCUCUGAGCGUCUCUGCAGUCCGCCCGAUAGCACGGACCUGAACAAAUCUGCAAUCAGCCACGCAGUCAUGCCCGAUGGCGCGAACAUAUCUAUUAGGAACAAGAACGGUACUGCGCCUUGGGCUGGCCGAGUAGGCCCGAAGAAGCUCCCCAAGUCUGGCUUGACACCUCGCUCAUUGACAUCCUCUACUUCUACCCUUGUGAACUCAACCGAAGGUCCUGUUGCGCCGGUCAUGUCCUUGGCGGAGAUAGGCGCGGAGCUCUUUGCUGUAUGUCUGGUCACUUGCUACUCGGAAGGAGAAGAGUCUCUUCGCACUACACUUGAUGCUAUCUCUAGGACUACAUAUGCUGACUCGCGCAAACUUCUGUUCAUUGUCGCUGAUGGUAUGAUCACCGGUGCGGGCGAGAAGCGAAGCACUCCUGAUAUCUGCGUUGGUCUGUUGGAGCCGGACCUAAGGUUUGGCAACCCGACACCUAUGAGCUACAUUGCGGUUGGAGCCGGGGCGAAAGCGGAAAAUAGAGCAUUUGUGUACGCAGGCCAUUAUAUUGUCGCUGGACGCCGGACGCCAACAGUCAUCGUUGUGAAGUGCGGAACCGAAGCAGAGAUCGCGACAGAGAAGAAGCCGGGCAAUCGAGGCAAGCGCGACAGCCAGCUGAUAUUGAUGAACUUCUUCUCUCGAGUCACCUAUAAUGACCGGAUGACUCCUCUUGACUUUGACUUGUUUCGGAAGAUCCACAUCCUCAUGGGCGUAACUCCCGAUUUCUUCGAGGUCUGUUUGAUGGUCGAUGCUGAUACGAAGGUCUACCCCGACUCCCUCUCCUAUCUGGUGAAUUGCAUGCAUCACGACAAUAUGAUCAUGGGCGUGUGCGGGGAGACGCGCAUAGCGAACAAGCGCCAAUCUUGGGUGACUGCCAUCCAGGUCUUCGAAUAUUUCAUCUCGCAUCAUCUCGCCAAGGCGUUCGAGUCAGUCUUUGGCGGGGCUCGCCGCGCCACAGGCGAUGACUGGGUACCGCUCAUUACGAAGCCAGAGAUCGUACAACAGUACAGUCAGAGCGUCGUCACGACGUUGCAUCAGAAGAAUCUCCUCCUGCUUGGCGAGGAUCGCUUCUUGACGACGAUCCUCUAUCGCACGUUCCCCAAUCGCAAGAUGAUCUUCCUCCCGCAAGCUCGGUGCCGCACGAUCGUUCCGGACACGUUUUCUGUGCUGUUGUCGCAGCGUCGACGGUGGAUCAACUCGACCAUCCACAAUUUGAUGGAGCUCGUAUUGGUGCGGAACACAUGCGGGACUUUCUGCUUCAGUUCGCAGUUUGCCGUGUUCAUGGAUCUUCUGGGGACAGUUGUGCUGCCGAUUGCGAUCGUCUUGACGUACAUUCUAAUCAUCAGUAUGGCAAUGGAUCCCCCUAGGAGCUUCGAAGAAGCCAUUCCUCUGAUUCUUCUUGUUGCGAUCCUCGGGUUACCUGGCCUGCUAAUCAUGUUGACGACCAGAAAAAUGGUGUACGUCUUCUGGAUGUUGAUCUACUUGAUUGCUCUGCCUAUUUGGAACCUCAUCUUACCAGUCUAUGCAUUCUGGCACUUUGAUGACUUCUCAUGGGGAGAGACAAGAAAAGUAGAAGGCGAAGCCAAGGGAAGGGGACACGACGGGCUUAACUCAUCGACGGCCGGCAUGUCGGUACCGCUGCGCCGUUGGGAAGACUGGGAGCGCUCACGUCUUCGUAAGCUGCGACGCGCUGAACGGCGCCUUCGGGACCUCGAGCGUCUGCAAGGAAGCUACGUCAAUGCCAACGGGCCAUUCGCAAUGCGGACGGAACUUAGCAGCUACUACAGUUCCGAUAGUAAUUCCAUCGCUUCUUCGGACGAUGACCAGUGGGGUCCCCAGAUCGGCGGCUACAAUGAACAUAGUGCAGCAUUUCCGCCGCCUCCUGUGGGCCUCAUACAACAUACAUUUUCGAGUGCCGAGUCUGUUGCAGGGGCCGAUUUGAAGGCGAUGCUUGAUGUAGGCUUUGAUGAUAGGCCUUCGCCGCCACAUUCGCGCGUCGCUACUCAGAUCCCAAAGUUCCAGCUAUCGGACGUCAGAGCACCACCGCACGACCCUCGUGGAUACACCCCCCUUGGAUCAACAUCUCCGGGAUACCUAUGUUACAAUCAUGCCUGCCCUCCAAUCGCUCCAUCGACGCCUCCUCUCGUCAUGGGCGCUACCAGUAGAGGCGAUUGGCGGUCUCGAGCAACCAACAUGCAUGCGUAUGGUCCAUUGGGGCCCCUAGAUCCUAGCGCGAGGAGAUAUUGA